AUGGCAGGCGAACCAGACACUGAGGUCAGCCUGACGAAAAUAGCAGGCUGCGACUCAAACGGCGGCGCCGCGCUGGCAGCUGCGCUGUCGGCGCUGCAGCAAGCCGGCGAGCUGCUGCGGCGCGGGCAGCUGGUGGCGCUGCCGACAGAGACGGUGUACGGCCUGGCGGCGAGCGCACUGGACGCGACAGCGGUGGCGCGCAUAUUUGCGGCCAAGGGGCGGCCUGCGGACAACCCGCUGAUCGUCCACGUCAGCGACAUGGCCAUGCUGAGGGGGCUCUACCCAGGUCAGGACGACCCUGUCCCGCCAGUGUACCGCGCCGCCAUCGCCGCGCACUGGCCCGGCCCGCUAACCAUCCUACUGCCCGCCAGUCCGCUCGUCCCGCCGGCGGUCACCGCCGGCCACCCCACGAUGGCGGUCCGCAUGCCGUCCCACCCAGUCGCGCGCGCCGCAAUCGCUGCGGCCGGCGUUCCGCUCGCGGCGCCAAGCGCCAACAGCAGCGGGCGGCCGUCGCCCACCGCGGCGAGCCACGUGCUGGCGGACCUUUCAGGCCGGCUGCCCCUGGUGCUGGACGGCGGGGCAUGCGGCUGUGGCGUCGAGAGCACGGUGCUGGACGGGCUGCGGUUGCCGCCAGCGGUGCUGCGGCCGGGGGGCGUGACGGCCGAGGCGCUGGCGGCGCUGCCGGGGCUGGAGGCGCUGCAGGUGUACAGCCGGGAGUUCAGCGACGCGGCACUCGAGGCGGCCCCCACCACUCCGGGCAUGAAGUACCGCCACUACAGCCCCAACGCCCCCCUCGUUUUGGUGGAGCCUCCUGCCCAGCAGCAGCAGCAGCAGCAGCAGCAGCAGCAGCAGCAGCAGCACGAUCAAGAGCAGCAGCAAGUGGGCCCAGAGGGAGAUGCAUCGGUGGGAGCGGGGGUGGCAGCGGCUGCCCUUGAGGCGGUGGCACGGCUGCAGCUCGAGGGCCGGCGGCGCGUCGCGCUCCUGCGCACCACGCUGCCGGACGCUACAGCUCCGGGGUGGCUGCCAUCUGCCAGCGUUGCCCUCGGUCGCGGCGGCGAGGACGGCGUUGAGGGCGUGGAGGACGCUGCGGCGCCAGCCCUGCAGUACUGCCUCGGCCCGAUGUCCCGCCCAGACGAGGUGGCGCGCAGAUUGUUUGCGGGCCUGCGGGACGCCGAGGCAGCCGGCGUUGACGCCAUCGUGGUGGAGGGGGUCUUGGAGGGUGGGGAGGGCCUGGCCGUGAUGAACCGGCUGCGCAAGGCGGCAAGCGGCAUCGUGCAUGCAGCGCAGCGUUGA